UCGCCGUGUCUUCUAUGGUUUUCAUCAUCGGCAAACCGUUACGAAAGGUCACAUUAAGAAUCUGGAAAUUGUUUGCGGGCCAUCAUAAUUGCAGAUGUCGCUAAAAAUGUAAUAUGGCGAAUACAAUUUGUCCACAGGGCCGUCAUUUGACAUUGGAGCAAAUUUGACAGAUCCCAUGUUUAAAGGAAUAUACAAUGGUAAUAAAAAGCAUAAAGAAGAUUUAGAAGAUGUUUUGGAACGGGCUUGGAAAAAUGAUCUUAAAAAGAUUAUUAUAACUAGCGGCAGUUUAAAUGAUUCCAUUGAAGCUUUAAAGAUAGCAUCAUUGAGUGAAAAUCUUUACUGCACUGUUGGUUGUCACCCAACACGCUGUGAUGAGUUUACUAAAGCCAAGAAUCCUGAAGUGUAUUUAAAUAGCUUAACAGAAUUGAUAAAAAAUAAUCGGUCAAAAGUAGUAGCAAUAGGAGAAUGUGGACUUGAUAAUCAACGAUUGCAUUUUUGCUCCAAAGAGAUCCAAGAAAAAUAUUUUGAAAUUCAGUUAAAAUUAAGUGAAGAUUUUAAUUUACCAUUAUUUCUACACUGCCGUGAUGCAGCUCCUACAUUUAUAGAUAUACUAAAGAGAAAUCCCAAUUUUAUAAAAUCUGGAGGCGUUGUACAUUCUUUUGAUGGAAGCUUAAAUGAGGCUAAAGACAUAAUUAACUUGGGGUUUUAUAUUGGUAUCAAUGGAUGUUCAUUGCGGACAGACGAUAAUUUAAAAACAAUAUCAGAAUUGCCUAUCAAUCGUUUGAUGCUAGAAACAGAUUGCCCAUGGUGUGAAAUAAAACAAACACAUCCAUCAUAUUCUUACGUACAAACCAAAUUUAAUUCAGUGAAAAAAGAAAAAUUUAUUGAUGGUUCUAUGGUCAAAGGAAGAAAUGAACCAUCAACUAUUAGGCAAGUCUUGGAUGUAUUAGCUUCAUUGAAAAAAGAAGACCCUGUAUUAUUAGGGAAUCAAAUAUAUCAAAAUACUAUGGAUUUAUUCUUUAAAGAUAAAUAGUUUUUAAUCAUCUGAUAAUUAUUUAAAUAACAAAUAUUUUUCUUAGAAAAUAUAAAUUUGUGUUAAUAACUUUAGUGCUUAUUAGUUAAUUAUAUAAAUAAUUAUGAAUCAAAUUGUCAAUUGUCGUCGUAAAAGUAACUUUUCUUGAAUUUUACAAAUUUUACAUUGCAUUAAAUUAUUAUUAUUAUAAUUUUAUUAUUGUAUUAAACAAAUUUUGUUUGUUAUUUCCCCGCCACCGCGUUGUGUACAAUUUAUUACCCCAUCACUGGGUUGACCAUCCGUUGUACUAUUAUAUUUUUUUUAUACCAUUAUAAGACUUUCAAAUAAAAAUAAAUAAUAGUAAUACAUUGUUUAAAAUAAGGAAAAAA